CUAUCAGUAUCAGCAUCUCUGUAUCAUCAACAACUACCUAUCCGCUUUUCAGCAAUGGCCAGGACCAAGCAAACCGCCCGCAAAUCUACUGGUGGUAAGGCCCCUCGCAAGCAGUUAGCUACCAAGGCUGCUCGGAAAUCGGCUCCCGCCACCGGUGGCGUCAAGAAACCUCACCGAUUCAGGCCUGGAACCGUGGCUUUGAGGGAGAUUCGAAAGUACCAAAAGAGCACCGAGCUCUUGAUCCGUAAACUCCCAUUUCAGCGUUUGGUUCGAGAAAUUGCUCAGGACUUUAAGACUGAUCUCAGGUUCCAGAGCAGUGCCGUGGCUGCUCUUCAAGAGGCUGCUGAGGCCUACCUCGUUGGGCUGUUUGAAGACACCAAUUUGUGCGCAAUCCAUGCCAAGAGGGUGACCAUUAUGCCUAAGGACAUUCAACUUGCUCGUAGAAUUAGGGGCGAGCGGGCUUAGAGGACGCCGCGCGAUCAGACUGUCUCUCUCUUAUUUCCUUUGUAUAUUUUCCGUAUUUUAGGGCUAUUGUUAUCUUAUGUAGUCAUCAGUUUUUCUGAAUCAAUUAGUUCAGUAUUCAGGUUUGAUAUCCGUGUCUCAAAGUUUAAGGGCAUUGACCCCUGACUGUGACAAGAUUGAGUGCCGAAUCCAAAUGAUUAUUAUUGGAUAUUUGACGCUAUUUCUUGAUCACGUGAUUUAA